AUGAGAAAGAAAGUCUUCUGUUCAUGGUCUUUUAUUGCUGUUCAUCCUCUACUCAGCAAUGGCUUUACGGCACAAGCACAACAGAGUGGCGCUGAUGCCGACCCCUAUGCUCCCGUUUACACAAAUUGUCCAUUGAACUUGAGAGUCCGCGAUCCCUCAGACGGUCUUUCCAAGGAAGAGAGCGCCUGGAGACAACAACGAGGAAAGCAGAUGAUCCCUAAUUUGGAAGAUUACCUGAAGCUGGCCAACAUUUCCGACUUUGACGUGUCAAGUUUCAUCAAGAAGCUCAAGCCAACUAAUGUUCCUGUUGUCGGUCUUUCGGUCUCUGGCGGUGGCACCCAAUCUGGUCUUGGAGGUCUGGGUAUUUGGCAGGCGUACGAUGCUCGAUCUGACGCUGCUGUCGCGGCUCGCACUGGAGGCUUAACCCAGCUUCUAUCUUACAUCACGGGCCUGAGUGGAGGCGGCGCCGUGACCGUUUUGUUGCUUGCCGCAAACAAUUUUAGCACAACUGAUGCUCUACGAAAAGCCACCAAUUUCUCAGUGGCCUAUGCCUCUGGGCCGGAUGGAGACCAAGAGGCUUUUCUCAAAGACAUCUUCGAAAACACUGGAGCCAAGGCCGAAGCUGGUUUGCCCGUCUCUGUCGGCGACACCUUUGGACAGUUCUGGGGCACUUGGCUCCCAGAAGAUCAACUCUUUAGCAACUACUCUGACAUUGCCGCCAACGGCACUGCUUUCAACCUCGGAGAUGCACCCAUGCCGAUCCUAGCCCUUGCAGAAGUCAUCCCCGGCAAGUCCCCAGAAAUCGGCAAACUCAUGUAUCCCGGCUUCAACAAGACAAACGGCUUCAACCUCACGGCUUACGAAGUCACACCAUUCGAGUUUGGAAGCUGGCUAGGAGGCAGAGUCCAAGCUUUCAUUGCCACAAAGUGGCUUGGAACAGCCAUGUCCAAGGGCAAAGCACAAAACUCGAGUGAGUGCGUUCAGGGAUUUGAUAAGCUCACUCUUAUGCAAGGGACGACGGCCAAUGCGUUUACGGCCUGGUUUAUUGACGCAUUUUAUGACAUUCCGACUUUUGCAAAGCGAUACUUGCAAGAGAGGCAAAUGGUGAAUAAGGAUAUCAAUGAUAUUCCUGUUCCUGAGGAUCAGUAUGAUAAUCCUCUUGUUCAACUUGUGAAUGAGACGGCCAAGUACUUUGACCUCACAUUCAACGAAUCAUUGUGGUCUACAUUCCCUAAUCCAUUUGAGGAUUACAACAAUGACAUGAAGGGUGUCUCGGAGUUACUUCUCGUGGACGGCAGCCUCACGGGAGAGACCAACCCCCUUCGACCUCUGAUCAUCCCUGAUCGCAAGCUUGAUUUGAUUAUCGUGUACGAAGCUUCGUCGGAUUCCAUCAACGAUUGGGUCAACGGAACCAAUUUGAUUAACACUGGCCUUGCCGCAAAGGAGGGAAACAUCCCUUUCCCCAACAUCCCAGACGUCAACACCAUGGUCGGCCUGAAUCUCACCAAACAACCAACAUUCUUCGGCUGCAACGCCACAAAGGACACGCCCCUCCUUCUCUACCUCCCCAACGCUCCAUGGACGGGCUACACCAACUACUCGUACACUCUGGAUCAAUUCACAGAUCAGCAACUCGACAUUGCCUUUGACAAUGCGUUCCAGGUCGCCACUUACGGCAACGGCACGGUUGAUUCUGACUGGCCGGCUUGUCUUGCGUGUGCCGCCAUCAAAGGAGCUCUUCAGCGCACAAACACCAAGCUGCCAUCUCAGUGUCAGGAGUGUUUUGAUAGACAUUGCUGGAAUGGCACGACGAGUUCCAAGGAGGUCACAGCUGCUGAUUUUGACCUGAGGCCGCGCUUGAAUACUAGUUUGACGUAUGAGGAGUGGAACGAGACGGAUUGGUCUGCAGGAUCAUCCAACAUCUCGAAUGGGGCCAAGGCUCUUGGUGUCGUUUUGAGUGUGUAG